GCGAGGGGGAGGAGCCGGAAGCGCGGUCCGGCGGGUCCGCGGAAGCUCGAGGACGCGCCGGGCGGCGGGGGUCCGGGCAUGAAGCUGGGCCGGGCCGCCCUGGGCCUGCUGCUGCUGGCGCCGCUGGUGCGCGCGGUGGAGCCCAUCAGCCUGGGGCUGGCCCUGGCCGGCGUGCUCACCAGCUACAUCUCCUACCCGCGCCUCUACUGCCUCUUCGCCGAGUGCUGCAGCCAGAAGCGGAGCCUCGGCCGGGAAGUGCUGCAGAAGGACCUGGACCGCAAGCUCUUCGGGCAGCAUCUUGCCAAGAAAGUCAUCCUAAACGCCCUGACCGGCUUCAUAAGCAACCCGAAGCCCAAGAAGCCGCUCACGCUCUCCCUGCACGGGUGGACCGGCACCGGCAAGAACUUCGCCAGCAAGAUCAUCGCGGAGAACAUUUACGAGGGCGGCCUGAACAGCCACUUCGUGCACCUGUUCGUGGCCACGCUGCACUUCCCGCACGCCUCCAACCUCACCCUGUACAAGGAUCAGUUACAGCUGUGGAUCCGCGGCAACGUGAGUGCCUGCCCGAGGUCCAUCUUCAUAUUCGAUGAAAUGGAUAAGAUGCACGCCGGCCUCAUAGAUGCCAUCAAGCCUUUCCUGGACUAUUAUGACCACGUGGAUGGGGUCUCCUAUCAGAAAGCCAUCUUCAUCUUCCUCAGCAACGCCGGAGCGGAAAGGAUCACCGACGUGGCUCUAGAUUUCUGGAGAAGCGGGAGGCAGAGGGAGGAAAUCAAGCUCGGAGACAUGGAGCCCGCCUUGUCCGUGUCGGCCUUCAAUAACAAGAACAGUGGCUUCUGGCACAGCAGUUUAAUUGACCGGAAUCUCAUUGACUACUUCGUCCCCUUCCUCCCCCUGGAGUAUAAACACCUGAAAAUGUGCAUCCGCGUGGAAAUGCAGGCCCGAGGCUAUGACGUGGAUGAGGACAUCGUAACCAGAGUGGCCGACGAGAUGACCUUUUUCCCCAAAGAGGAGAGGGUUUUCUCUGACAAAGGCUGCAAAACUGUGUUCACCAAGUUGGAUUAUUACUACGAUGACUGACGGCCCAGGAGUCGUUGCCACGCUGAGGAACUCGGUGCUGGAACCUUCCCACACACCUCCCAGCCCGCCGGGCAGGAGUGCAGUGAGCUUCUCCUGGGGGACGGGACGGCCUUCCCGGCGCUGUGUGCACCCAGCGGACCUGCGGGCGUCUCCUCACUGCCGGUGGCCUUGGAGCAGCCGGAGCCUUAAGAAGGAAGCCGCCGCUCCCAGUCCACUCAGAUCAGGGCUCAUGAUUUUUUAAAAAUCAUGUUUUAAUGUCAAAUGUUUCUGUUUCAAGGAAGGACGAAAACGUUUUACUGAAAAUGGGGUAAUUUUAUUUAAAAUGGUUUUUAACAUUCUGAGAAGCUUUUCAGACUCA